AUGUGCCCUCCGCUUAUCGCGAAGCAGCAAGGUGUCGAAUCGAGGAAAUGGAAAAGCGUGGCAUCAUCGAAAAAGUCACAUGGGCACCAAACUGGAUUAGCGGAUUGUCAGCUGUCGCAAAAGGCUUUCGUAGCAAUUCUUCAGUUGAUUCAUGCUUUCAAAACCGAAACUGGCGAACUAUCUGGAAUUGUUUUCCACACCAUAAAAGAGUCGGCUAUCAUUAUAGCGGGUGCAAAAGUACUGCUGGUUUUGUAUUUUGAAUCAUCAAUAGGGAACGUGAGGGAUUUCAUAACAGGAAGUCGUAUCAACUCCGGAGACCCAACCUUCGAUGAGAUGGAGCAUACGAAGUUCAACCAAUCGGUUCGAAAAAUGAUGCGAUUGCUAUUCGCAGUAUUCAUCACAGAUGCAGUUCUACUAUGCACUCCAUGUGCGGCCACAGAAAAGCUGUUCACCCUGCCGCCACCGCUCUCAGCGGCUGGACCUAUAAUCUCGCCUAUUCUGCACAUUUGUUCAGCUCAACUGUUGUUCCUGGGAGCCGUUCCUAAGUUCUUCUCGAACAUGGCUUGUAUCGGAGCACUGAUCAUCGGGAUGCAUACAAAGCUUAAGAUCUUGGCUCAUCGAUGGAAUCGUAUUUUGAACCACCCAAUUGAACCCCCUAGGUGUUAUUUCGAACGUAUGGAUCGAGAAAUGCGAAUUGUUCUGGAUCAACAGACGGAAUACUGGAGACAACUGCAAACUCUAAAGACCCUAGUGGAGAAUUCGUUCUUCAUUGUCCACGUUUACUCGCUCUAUAGCAUUGGAUCGUGUAUAUUCGUGGCUCGAGAGCUGGGGAUGAACGUUCUGACCGGCGUCAUCUACGCAACCUCACUAGCGUAUCUGACAAAGCACUAUUUGUGGUGUCAUCUAGUGGAUUCGUACAAGGAUGUUGCUGAUGCGAUUGGAUAUGAGAUCUCCUCACACUGCACACAGAUGCCUUACAGUCGGCAGUAUCAUCUACAAUACGUGCAAAUGAAGACCUCUUUGAUCAUUGUAUGGUACAAUACGAUCAAUGGAGUGGCUAUGAAGAGUAUGGGAAUGAUUGUUAUUUCUAAAGCAACGUUUGGCGAUUUGUUAAAGAUUAUUUAUACAGUUUUGACAUUUUUUAUCAACAUGACUUAAAUAUAUGGAAAACACCCCAGCUGUUGAUAUUUUGGCAUUAUUAAAAUAAAUUUUUGAAUAACCCUCAGUUAAGAACACAUUAUAAUUGAAAUCUAUCGAUAAAUUGUGCCACGACCCUGUCAAUAAAAACUGGCAUUGGCAUUGACUUCCUAUCUCUAUUGUGAAGUAUUGUAUUUACUGCACUAUAUGCUAUGAUAAAACCAAUCUACACCUAAGAACUAAUACUGAAAUAGCGUGCCAUAUAAAUACUAAACCAAAUCUCGAAAAACACGUCACUCUUGUCAAACCUACUGUGGUAGAUCACUGCAUGAGCGAUUCGAAUUGGCAGUUGCAUUUACACUUUGUACAGCACCUUAACCCUU